AUGUACAAAAAAGGUUGUGUACUCGAUCCCCAAACAUUCAACAUCGUCUACAACAAGUAUCAACGAUACUUUACCUACUCUGACUCCCUCGCAGAGGAGAUAGUUGGAGGUCACCUCAGCAAUGUACAGACGUUGCUACAACAAACUGUGCCCAUGACCUUUAAUCGUCGUGACUCUCUCUUGUUGAGCGCCAUCAAUCCUGGUAACCUCAAUGUACUCAAGUAUCUCUUGGACUCUGGUCUGUUCAAUAAUGAAUCUCUUUGGAAGAACCAAACUCAUGAGGCAAUGAAGAAGAUAGUCAAGUUACCACCCUCCUCCAUCCUUUUCUUGUUGGACACUCGGAACAAAUUUCCAACAAAACUGGUCAAGAUGAUCAGAUCGAGAGCACAAUCUUAUGUCAAUGAGAUAGUAUCUCAUGGUAACCAACAACUCAUCGAUGAGCUCAUGAUCAAAAAAGGUCUCGAACUGACCAGAUAG